AUGAGUGUCUGCAGCUGUCAUCAGGAUCAUCCACCAGGGUCAUCCACCAAGGUCAUCCACACGGGUCAUCCACACGGGUCAUCCAUCAGUGGUCAUCCAACAGGGCUCAGCAUGUUGUCAUAUAUCGAGUUAUAUCAAUUUUGCGUUAUUUAUUACAGGAGAGUGCAAAUUGAGGAGUCGCUAUAUAAUUUUGUUUUAUUUAUUUCAGGUUUGUGCAAGUUAAGGAGUCGAUUAAGCGUGCCCGGGAAGGCGUUUUGUUUGUUUGCGUGGCCAAUAUCGGGGAGAGUGCAAAUUGAGGAGUCGCUAUAUAAUUUUGUUUUAUUUAUUUCAGGUUUGUGCAAGUUAAGGAGUCGAUUAAGCGUGCCCGGGAAGGCGUUUUGUUUGUUUGCGUGGCCAAUAUCGGGGAGAGUGCAAAUUGAGGAGUCGCUAUAUAAUUUUGUUUUAUUUAUUUCAGGUUUGUGCAAGUUAAGGAGUCGAUUAAGCGUGCCCGGGAAGGCGUUUUGUUUGUUUGCGUGGCCAAUAUCGGGGAGAGUGCAAAUUGAGGAGUCGCUAUAUAAUUUUGUUUUAUUUAUUUCAGGUUUGUGCAAGUUAAGGAGUCGAUUAAGCGUGCCCGGGAAGGCGUUUUGUUUGUUUGCGUGGCCAAUAUCGGGGAGAGUGCAAAUUGAGGAGUCGCUAUAUAAUUUUGUUUUAUUUAUUUCAGGUUUGUGCAAGUUAAGGAGUCGAUUAAGCGUGCCCGGGAAGGCGUUUUGUUUGUUUGCGUGGCCAAUAUCGGGGAGAGUGCAAAUUGAGGAGUCGGUUUGUGCAAGUUAAGGAGUCGGUAAGUAGUUUGUUUGUUUAGCUCUUUUACAGAUUACUGGUGUUUUUAUUUUAUUUUUUCCAGAUUAAGCGUGCCCGGGAAGGCGUUUUGUUUGUUUGCGUGGCCAAUAUCGGGGUAUGGAGUGGCGUUUAAAUUCAUAAGUGAAGACAAUCAAACUGUUUCAACUUUGUAUAGUCUAUUGCCAUACACAAUUGCACCUUGUUUGUAUCUUCUCGUUCUUAACAGCUGCUCUGCAGCUAUAAGAGGAGGGGAUAGAAGCGAGGUGACUCUUUAUUUCUCAGUGCCUUACAAUGGCUCUUUUUAGAAAUUUAACAUAGCACCUUACAUACUAGCUUAUAAACUAAGUAUAAAGGAAGAAAUUUGCCGAAAAUAAUAUUUUAGUAAAUGUAGGAUUUAAAAGGUAGUAACAGGAUUUAUAUUAGCAAAUAUUGAACAAAGUUAAUGAUUUGAAUUAGCGUGAAAAAGCAGGACAAAGUCUUUGCAUUUUCUGAGUUGCAUAGUAUCACAUGCUUAAUAUAAAACUAAGGGAUAUGGUAGUAAAUGGCCAUUGCUUAUUCUUUCAGUAAUGUAGAAAAUUAUUUAGUUUUAACAAUAAUUGAACAAUCAAGUUUUAUGAUUUAAUUGCAAAAAAACAAAGGGAGUAUCUUAGCGUUUUCAUAGGAGUAGAAUAAAUGAUAAGAGUUACUAUUAUUAAUAUAUUAAUUAGAUACACUGAUAUCAAUUAGUGAGAGGUUACUAGAUAAGAUAAUAAAUUUGUUGUUAGCAAAUAUUUACAGCUUGAGAAUUUGUAAUAUUGAUCAAAAUGAGUAAAUUGAAUUGUCGUGAAAAAUCAGGGCAAAGUCUGCAUUUUCUGAGCUGAAUAGUGUCUUAUGUUUAAAAUAAUUACUAAUGUAAAGGUAGUAAAUAGCCGUAGCUAGACUUUAAGAUAUGUAGAAAAAAUUGUUUAGUUUUACUUAUAGUUGUAAUCAAGUUUUAUGAUUUUAAUUGCGAAAAGCAAGUAAGUAUCUUAGCUCUUCAGAGUAGUACGAUAUCUGAAGUGAAUUAAUAUUAAAGAUAUAACUAGAAAAAACAGAUAUUUAAUAGCCGUAGCUUAGACUUUAACAUAUGUAGAAAAAAUUGUUUAGUUUUACUUAUAGUUGUAAUCAAGUUUUAUGAUUUUAAUUGCGAAAAGCAAGUAAGUAUCUUAGCUCUUCAGAGUAGUAC